AUGACGAGUUUGAGUCAGACUUCAUCCGAGGAGGCAGUUUUAUUCGCUCGCGGUUAUAAAUUCUUAAAAAAGCUGGGUGAAGGUGCUUACGCAAAGGUAUAUCUGGCAGAGUAUAAACCGGAAUCUGAUCCAGACAAAAAUAGUACCUUGGCAUGUAAAGUUAUAGAUACAGGAGUAGCACCUAAGGAUUUUGUACGAAAAUUUCUUCCUCGAGAACUUGAUAUCUUAGUGAAAUUGAAUCACCCUCAUGUAGUGCAUGUUCAUAGCAUAUUUCAAAGACGUACUAAAUAUUAUAUAUUUAUGCGUUAUGCUGAAAACGGUGAUCUCCUAGAAUUCAUUUUGAAGAAUGGUGCGGUUGCAGAAGGACAAGCGCGCGUAUGGUUUCGUCAACUUGCGCUUGGUCUUCAAUAUUUACAUGAAAUGGAAAUCGCUCACAGAGAUAUGAAAUGCGAAAAUGUUCUUCUAACAUCGAAUCUUAAUGUAAAACUUGCUGAUUUCGGAUUUGCUCGUUACGUAAUAGAUAAUCGAGGUAAGCGUGUUAUGAGCGAUACCUAUUGCGGUUCUUUAUCCUAUGCCGCCCCGGAGAUUCUUCGUGCAUCUCCAUAUAAUCCCAAGAUCGCAGAUCUUUGGUCUCUCGGAGUCAUCUUGUAUAUUCUAUUAAAUAAAUCGAUGCCAUUCGAUGAUACUGAUAUCAAACGAUUAUAUGAGCAACAAACAAACCGUAAAUGGAAGUUUCGCAGUAAGAUUGCAGAAACUUUGAGCGAUCAAGUGAAGAAAUUAGUAGCUCGUCUCCUAGAACCUGAUGUCUCAAAACGAUGGAAGAUGGAUCAGGUCAUCAACAGCGAGUGGAUCGCUAUGGAUCCUAGACUUUUGAUUCUUACACCCGCUGAACAAGCAGCUCUUAAUAAUGCAAUACAAGAGAAGAAAAAGUUCGAAGAGAAAUUUUCUGCGAAAGAUCCAAAACUAUUUAAAGUGGAAGAAAAGAAAAAGACAAAUGCAGAUCCCAAGGCAAAACCUGAAGAUGUCACCGUAAUUAAGAAAGCGGCAAGAAUGACGAUAUCUACCACUGUUGCUACUGGACCGUAUUUUACUAAUAAACGUAAUAAUAAUAAUAAUAAUAAUAAUAAUAAUAAUACUAAUAAUUAG